AUGGAUUCUACUUUGGCUCAGAUUCUCGCGGCGCAGAAUCAACUCUUCGACCGCUUGGUCAUGACUCAAGAGGCCUUGGGCAAUGCUCUCCUCCAGAACAACCGUCAGCCACAGUCUAAGCUGGCGGAAGUGCAGCGGACACAACCACCUGUGUUCUUUGUUGCUGCUGAUCCUCUCGACGUGGACGACUGGCUCCGCGAUAUCGAGAACAAGCUUAACCUCGUCCGUUGUGAUGAUGAGGAGAAGGCGACCUAUGCCGCCUACUACCUUCAGGGCGCUGCAGCUGCCUGGUGGGAGACUUACAAGUCUACACUUCCCCAGGACACCGCCAUCACCUGGAACGUGUUCAAGCAGGGCUUUCGCGCUUCUCACGUCCCAGAAGGGCUUAUGAAGUCCAAGAGAAAGGAGUUCCUCAAUCUCACCCAAGGGAACUUGCCUUUCAUGGAGUUUCUCAGUCGCUUCAACUACCUUGCACGGUAUGCGACUGAUGAGCUACGCACUGCUGAGGCGAGGAAGGUGCAACUUUGCCUUGAUCGCCUUAGCCCGGAGCUGAAGCACGGUCUCUCUACCCAUGAGAUCGACAGUAUGAAGACCCUUGUUGACAAGUCCCUCCGUUGGGAGGCAAGUGAGAAGGAAGUAGCUGUGGAUCGCAAGCGCAAGUUCAUGGCGCGCAGGGCUACAGUCAGCCGUCCGAGUCGCCCAUGCACUUGGCAGCCUGCUCCAGCUGCACGUCCUACUUCUGUUCCACCGCAGCGUCCCUAG